CAUUAAUCGCCAUCUUGAAUUCCCAUAAAGCGUAGUUCCACAAAAGUGAAAAUCUAAAUGAAAUAGCUAGAGCUCUAUGUCUGAAAGUAAGAGACGACGAAAAGCACCACCCAGCACUAAUGACCAGGACACAGCAAAAAAUGGUGAGCCCGUAAAAAAGGCAAAACUUGAUUCAAAUGGUGCAAGACCUACUAAUGCUUCACCUGGUCCAAAACCAGUAACUUGGGAAAGAGAGUCUGGUAAGUCAACGUGGACAAAGUACUCUGCUGAUCAGGUUGGAGGUAUUAUUGAAGCCUUCAAAGCUGGAAAACCAGACGUGGAUAUUAAAGAUGGCAAGUCUGAGGUCACAGUGAUAUUUGAGAGGAUGGUGCAGAGGAAUAAGAAAACUGGAUGGGAGAUUAGGACGCGAUGUGCUCUGGUGGAUGGAAGUGUAGAUCCAGAUGAAUAUACUUGGGAAUAUGAGGGUGCUAAGGGAAAGUGGACAGAAUACUCCAAACCUAUUGUUUACCUUUUUGAGGCAGCCUACAUGGUUGGAUUGUCCAGCAUCAAAUUCAAAGAUGAUAAAAAAGAACUUAUUCUUGAUUUAGCAAAGAAAGUUCAAACAACUAAAACUGGAAGGGGAGUGAAGAAUGUACAUCGAAUCAAGGCCUCUGAUGCUAUUUCAAAGGUCCAACCCAAAGCAAUGACAGCAGAUAAGAUUACUGCAAUAGCAAACAAGAAAGUGAAAAAGGAAGCUGAAGCUGAAAAUGGUGAUGUCAAAUCAUUUGUGUUCUGUGGAAAGGCUCCAGUGGACAGUUUCUGUACAAUUAAAGACAGCACUCAUGUGUUUACCCAAGGAGACGACAUCUGGGACGUAAUGCUAAACCAGACAAAUGUCAUGAACAACAACAACAAGUUCUAUCUCAUUCAAUUGCUGGAAGAUAACCGAGCAAAGAAGUACUAUGUCUGGCAAAGAUGGGGAAGAGUGGGAUUCAGUGGUCAAAACAACUUAGUUACCUGUGGGCCAGAUCUUGAGGAGGCUAAAAGAGUGUUCUCUAAAAAAUUCACAGACAAGACAAAAAAUAAUUGGGGAAACAGACAUAACUUUCAAAAGGUUCCAGGGAAGUAUGAUCUUCUGAUCAUGGAUUACAAUGCUGACAAAGAGGAAAAAGAUGAAGUUGAUGCACCUGUUAAAGAAGAAAAACCUGUUCUAGAAAGCAAACUGGACAAGAGAAUCCAGAACUUGAUAGAACUGAUUUGCAGUGUACAGGCAAUGGAAGAAAUGUUGAAAGAGAUGCACUAUGAUACCAGGAAGGCACCUCUUGGAAAGCUCACCACCAAUCAAAUUAAAGCUGGGUAUGAAGCCCUGAAGGAGAUUGAUACUUGCAUUAGGAACAGUGACUUUGGAUCUAAACUGGUGAAAGCAUGUGAUGAGUUCUACACAAGAAUCCCUCACUGUUUUGGGAUGAAAAGACCACCUCUCAUAAGGACAGCAGAGGAUGUCAAGAUCAAACUGGAUUUGUUAGAGGCGUUAGGAGAUAUUCAAAUUGCAGUCAAAGCCUUGAAAGAGGAGGAGGAGGAGGAAUCCCUGGAGCAUCCAAUUGACAAGCAUUACAAAACACUACAUUGUGCUCUGGAGCCCUUGGACCAUGAGCACAAUGAUUUCCAGAUGAUUUCUAAAUAUCUAAAGAAUACCCAUGCAACAACUCAUAAUCAGUAUGACAUGGAACUGCUUGAUGUGUUUGCACUGGAGCACAAGAAGAAAGAUUUCACAGAUGUGGGUAACAGGAUGCUUCUCUGGCACGGAUCUCGUUUAACAAACUGGGUUGGCAUUCUAAGUCAAGGAUUGAGGAUAGCUCCGCCAGAGGCGCCAGUAACAGGGUACAUGUUUGGUAAGGGUGUCUAUUUCGCAGACAUGUCGUCUAAGAGUGCAAACUACUGCUUUGCAACAAGAUCGAAGAAUGUUGGCAUUCUUUUACUUAGUGAGGUAUCUCUGGGGAAGAGUAACGAACUCUUGGCUGCAGAUUAUAAUGCUGAUAAACUACCAUCUGAUUGUCAAAGUGUGAAAGGCAUGGGUCGGGUGGGUCCCGAUCCGAAUGACACCUUUACGAUGCCAGACGGGGUUACUGUCCCAUUUGGUAAAACUACUGAGACCGGUGUUGUGAACCCACGUGGAUACACGCUGAACUAUAACGAGUACAUUGUCUACAACACGAAUCAGGUUCGCAUGCGGUACUUAGUGAAAGUCAAGUUCAACUUCAAGUAGAUGCACAGGUUCCCAAAAGAAGGAUCGUAUCAGUUGUGACUGUCAACGUAAAUAGUGUUCAAGCAGACAGUUAAAAUAUUUAUUUAAAGAUAACAAAAAAAGUACAGUUUAGCUAGUGAUGAAUUUGACAGUAGCUGUUAUUAGAUUAAUGUUGCUCCUCCUGAUUUAAAUCGCCUCUCCUGUGUUUGAAAGGUUACAAGUAACUGUUGGAAAAUUACGUAACUGAAAAAGGCUCAGAACACUAUUUGAUUCUAACGUCGCUGUUUUUCUCCUGUGAAGGUGACGAAACGAUUUUUGUACACCCACUUUUCCUUUUCAUUUUUCCUUCUUUUUCUCAAAUGACGAAUAGUUCUUCAAACAGAUCGAAAAAAGUACGUAGAGAAAGUGGAGCUAGAACCGAAAAGAACUGAAAAGAAGUUUUUAAUUUCGAAACCGUUUUGUUUUGUUGGCGGGCAAGUCAAUAAAGUAUUAAUUAACGACAAUAGAUACAGGCAGGUAAACGGCUGCAGCGAAUUUUGGGAAUCUGACGUUUUUAGCGUUAGUACUUCGACGAAAAAAAUCCUUUUAAAUUUAUCUGCCGUGGUUCACCUACCCUUACUAACUUAAAAGCUGAAACCAACUAAAUGCAGAUAUGAAAAAAAAAAAAAACCUUACAUGAGAGUUAUGAGAAGCUAUUUGUCAAAAUGAAAGAAUAAAACGUUACUUCAGUGUUUGUCUUCU